UGUCACUUGCAGGGGCAGCCAUCUUGGUGGUCCUUGUAAUAAUACCGUCCGACUGGAAACACGUUCAAACGGGAACUAUUUUUCCACUGGGAGCUACAAGAAAUUUAACACUGCAAACUGCAUCACGGAGUUGUCACUUUUUAAAGUGAAAGAAAAAUCAAAAUACAUAAUAAGAUGUCUGCAGACGCCGUCACCCUGGAUCUGCUGAGAGAAGCCAGGGAGACGGUCAAAGGCAGCCCACUGGGUGUCAUCAACACUCCCAUGAUCCCCUGGUGCCAGACAACCCUGCCUCUGGACAUCCAAUGCAACAUCCACAUCAAAUUGGAGAACAUGCAGAGAACCGGCUCGUUCAAGAUCCGUGGAGUGGCCAAUCAAUUUGCCAGGAGAGAGAAGGGUGGUCAUUUUGUCACAAUGUCUGCUGGGAACUAUGGGAAGUCUUUUGCGUAUGCCUCAAAACAUUACGGGUCAAAGGGCAAGGUGGUGAUGCCGGAAACAGCCCCUGUGUCCAGAUCCAUCCUCAUACAGAGUUUUGGGGUAGAGGUAGAGAGAGUCCCCACUUCCUGUCUGAUGGAUGUAGUGACCCGCUGUGUUCAGGAGCACAACAUGACCUUCCUGCACUCCUUUGAUGACUUGGAUCUUAUAGCAGGACAUGCCAGUCUAGGUAUGGAGGUGCUGGAGGUGAUGCCUGAGCCUGAUGUGGUGGUAGUGUGCUGCGGUGGAGGGGGGCAGCUGGCUGGUGUGGCCGCUGCCAUCAAACUAUCAGGUUGUGAUAAGACCAGAAUCUAUGGUGUGGAACCAGAAGGAGCUUGCACCAUGUACAAAAGCUUCAUUGAGAAGAAGCCAGUGGGCAUGGACACCAAGAGCAUCGCCUCAGGACUUGCACCCCCAUUUGCGGGCAAACUUCCCUUCGAGCUAUGUCAGCGUUACGUUGAGGGGAUUGUCCUUAUAAACGAUGAAGAGAUCAAGGCGGCGGUUUCCACCCUCUACAGCUCCGGCCUCGUGGUGGAGGCGUCAGGCUGCGCUGCAUUUGCCGCCAUCGUUAACAACAAGAUACCCGAGCUAGAGGGGAAAAACGUGGUGUGCAUCCUCAGUGGAGGGAAUAUCGGGAAAGACGAGCUUGCCAACUUCCCAGGAUGACAAACGUACACAAGCAUGAUGUGACUUUUCUUUGUGUAACACAAACAAAACAACUCAGGGCUUCUGAUUUGGAAAUACGUAAUCAUUUCAGUGCCAUUUUGUCUGUAAAUGUAAUUACUCUACUAUAUGAAGCAGUGUGAUUUCACUUGCCUCAUAAAUCAUGAUGAAAUAUGUUUAUCUAUGUAACGUAACAAGAAUGAGGUGCUGCAUUA